GCUGCGGAGGGGGGUGCCAGGGGGCGCUGGGGAGACUCUCUGGGACCCGCUGCCUCCUGGCUGUGGCCCCAGCGGUGCCGCCCGGGGGGGCUUCUUCCCCAGGGCAAAGGGGGCACCCAUGGCUGGCCGAGGGCAUUGUCCAGAGCCGGUGGCGUGGGCCACAUGCUUCCUCGCGUGGGGUGCCCCUGGCCGGCUCCCAGAGUGUUGGGGGGGGCAGCCUCCAGGGCCCGCCUUGCUGGGCACAGUAGCCGCUUGUUCUCGCGGUGGGUGUUGAGGUGCUGGGCUGGCAUGGAAGGAAGAAAGGGUCUUUUCUUUCCACAGCUGGGCCGGGGGCACGGAGGAAUCUGCUGACGGAGGAGGAGGAGGAGGAGGGGUCUGGACAGUGGCGGGGUGGGGGCCGGAGGCAGCGAGCCGGCCCUCCCGUCCGAGCCCUCUGCCCUCCCAGAGAGCGCCCUGGGAGUCCACUUGAGCGGAGCCCAGAUGGGGGCCCUGCUGGAGCCCCCUGGGGAGUAGCUGUCCCCUGGAGCGGGGCCUGCCUUGGCCGAGAUGCAGGACAAGCUGCACAUCCUGGAGGACCUCCAUAUGCUCUACAUCCGGCAGAUCGCCCUCAGCCUCGAGGGCACGGACCUCCAGAAGAAGAUUGACCAUGAGAUCCGCAUGCGGGACGGAGCCUGCAAGCUGCUGGCGGCCUGCACCCAGCGCGAGCAAGCCCUGGAGGUCACCAAGAGCCUGCUGGUCUGCAACAGCCGGAUCCUGGCCUACAUGGCCGAGCUGCAGCACAUGAAGGAGGCACAGGUGAUGCAGCGCAUGGCCCGACGCCCUUCGGAUGCUGGACCCACGGACGAUCGCUUGCCUUGUCGGGGCAGAGUCUGCAUCUCAGAUCUCCGGAUCCCCUUGAUGUGGAAAGACACAGAAUAUUUCAAGAACAAGGGUGACUUGCAUCGUUGUGCCGUCUUCUGCCUGCUCCAGAUUGGCACAGAAAUUUAUGACACAGAGACGGUGCUGGUGGACCGGACACUCACUGACAUUUGCUUUGAGAACACAGUCCUCUUCACGGAGGCCGGGCCGGAGUUUGAGCUGAAGGUGGAGCUCUACAGCGCAGGCCUGGAGGAGGACUCGGGACUCAGCCACACCCCCAAGAAACUGGCCAGCCGUCUGAGCAGCUCUCUGGGACGCUCCUCGGGGAAGCGGGUGCGAGCAGCCCUGGACGCUGGGGGGCCUAGCAGCCCCGUGGGCAAUGGGGCCAGCAGUCUCUUGCUGCUGCCGGCCCCCAGCGCCCCACCGGGGCCCAAGUACCAGCUGCUGGCCUGCACCACCCUCCGCCUGCCGGACGUCCAGGACGCCUUCCGCACCCACGACCUGCUGGUCACCAGCAACGAGGAGAGCGCCUCCUGGCUUCCUCUCUACGGCAGCGUCUGUUGCCGCCUGGUGGCCCAGCCUGGCUGCAUGGUCCAGCAGGUGAUGAACGGCUUCCUCAAGGUGCAGCAGGGGGAGCAGCAGGGCUGGCUGAGGCUGUUCUGCCUCCUGCGGGGCUCCAACCUCCUCUGCUACCGGCACCCCCAAGAUGCUGAGACCCAGGAGGAGCCGGCCUUCACCAUCGCCAUCAACAAGGAGACGCGCAUCCGGGCCACUGAGAAGGACUCCAAGACCCGGCUGCACAGCCUGUCAGUCACGAACCGCUAUGGGGGGGAGGAGGUGACCCACACGCUGCUGGCCGAGAGCCGGGCAGAGACCCAGCGCUGGAUGGAGGCCUUCUGGCAGCACUUCUACGACAUGAGCCAGUGGAAGCACUGCUGCGAUGAGCUCAUGAAGGUGGAGGCCCCCUCCCCCCGGCGCCUGCCCACCCUGCUGCCCAGGCAGGGCUCCUUGUACCACGAGAUGGCUAUUGAGCCGGGAGAUGACAUCGAGGCCGUGACGGAGAUCCUGACGCGACGGGCCUCCGGCCUGGGCCCCCCGGCGUGGCUCUCUCUCUUCGAGGGGCCCUCGGCCUCCGACAGCGACAGCAGCCCCUCCAGCGCCAGCCCGUGCCCCCCGCCCUGGGUGCGCCCUCGCACGCUCUCCCUGGACGCCAGGCUCAGCACCCCCCAAGGACGCUCCUCCGGCCGGCCUCCCCUGCCCAGGGCCCGCCGCGGCCCCUCCACCUCCAGCUCCUCCAGCAGCGGCAGCCCCACCCCUGAGCCGGAGCGGCCCCCGCGGCGCCCCCGGACCAGGCUCGACCCCUGCUUGUGGCUGCAGUCCCAGGUCUGAGGCGGGGGGGGGGCCUGGCUGGCAGAGAGAGGAUGGCGCCUGCCCCCCCCCAGCGCCCUCCGGAGCCACGCCCCCCUCUCCUGGCCGAGGAAGGGGACAGCCAGCCUGGGGCCGGCCCCCCCCGCCACCCCCAACCUGGAGAGUGGGAGGGGGUGGACGGGCUUCCUGACCCACACCUGUCCUGUGCUUGGAGAAGGGGGAAGCGGGGCUGUGGGGCCAGGAGAAAAGCGUCUCCCCUUGGAGGGAAGGAGCUGCUCUGGAGAGGUAUGGGGAGGGAGGCUGCUGGACUGUCCCCAGGCACAGGCAGGGGGCAGACCUUGGCCCCUUCUCGGAAGGGGGAAGCAUCUGCCCCCCCUCCCCCCCUCAGCCCCCUUCAUUUCAGGGAUCUGUGCCAAUGCCGGAGGUGGGGCUGGGCAGGCCCACAAGGACUCCCCUCGGUCUCUCUGUCGGUCUGAGGGCGAGGGACUGCCUCCCCUCCUCGAGAUACACAUUAAAGUUUAUUUAAUAUUU